GGAACGGGAGCCACCCAAACUCGGCAAAAGCAUCCAUCCCCACCACGCGUCCACGCCCAAAUGCUGGCGACCACCUGCGGCGCGCCGCCGUGCCCGUGCGCACGGUCGCGGCGGCCCCCCACGGCGGCCUUUGGCGGAGGCUAUGGCAUUGGGCGCACCCGCCGCAGCACUAGGCCAAGGGCGCUGAGGAGAGCCGGGGUGGUGCGGUGCGGGCUGCUGCCCGUGGACCCGUGGGCGCCGACGAUGGACUCCCAGAGCGUGGCGUCGCAGCUCUUCGCCGUCUCGCUCUUCCCCUACCUGGGAUUCCUCUACUUCAUGACCAGGUCCAAAACCGCGCCCGGGCUCACGCUCUUCGGUUUCUACUUCCUCCUCGUCUUCGUCGGCGCCACCAUACCUGCUGGGAUUUAUGCAAAAGUUCAUUACGGAACCUCGCUGUCUAAUGUUGACUGGCUGCACGGGAGCGCGGAAUCGCUGCUUACUCUUACCAAUCUAUUUAUCGUUUUGGGCCUGAGGGGAGCCUUGAGGAAGCUGGAGGAAGAAGAGGACACGAACGGGAGGGUUUCUGAAGCUUCUCAAGACAGUAAAGAAAAAAGUUCUGUCUAGAUAGGUGUAUCAGUACCCCUGAUGGUGCAUUCAGUAACUAAGAGUGCGUGCAUUUCUUCUUUUGCUCAAUUAGUUAGUAAUGAUGUUUUGGGUGUAAAGAAAUCUGGCAAAUCAACUUUGUGCAUAUGCUGAGAAAAAAACAAUGUAUCUGCUGCAAUUCUGUGUAGUUGCAGUCUCCAGUUACGCUGUUGUGAGUAGUUGCAGUGUCCAGUGUGUAAUAGGCAAUGGUACUACAACUUCCAUUUGGAUAAUUAUUCACAUUCUGA